AUGUGGAGGAACAGCCCCGCUCCCGGCACUAACGCCUCUCCUCCUCCGCCGCCUCGCCAGCAGCAGCAGCGCGCGCCCCGCUUCCGCCCCGCGAACCCUCCGCGCGGGCUGCCCCGCGCAGCGCGCCCCGCGCCGCCCGCUCCCCGCCGCCCCCCGCCCGGGCCCGCGGGCCGCCCCCAGGGCAGCGCUGCCGGCCGCCAGCCGCGGGCCCGGCACGGCGCGGCGCACUUGGCGGCGGGCGCAGGCAGCGCGGCGGGCGGGCGGCGGCUGAGGGCGGCAGGGCCCCGCGGUGGCGCCGCGCGUGGCGGGCGGAUGGAGCUGGUGGCGGGCUGCUACGAGCAGGUCCUCUUCGGCUUCGCCGCGCGGCCCGCUGAGUCGUGGACGGUUGUCCCUGAUUUUACACAUCAUGCCCACUCUGCCUCAUUGUCAGCAGUAGCAGUGAAUAACAGAUAUGUGGUCACUGGGAGCAGAGAUGAGACGAUCCAAAUCUAUGACAUGAAAAAGAAGAUAGAACAUGGGGCACUGCUGCAGCACAAUGGCACAAUAACUUGUUUGGAGUUCUAUGGUACUACGCAUCUGCUGAGUGGGGCUGAAGACGGACUAAUUUGUAUCUGGAACACAAAGAGAUGGGAAUGCCUGAAAUCCAUUAAGGCACAUAAGGGGCACGUGACAUCUCUUUCUAUUCAUCCUUCUGGGAAAUUAGCUUUGUCAGUAGGAACAGAUAAAACAUUAAGAACUUGGAAUCUUGUAGAAGGACGAUCAGCCUUUAUCAAAAACCUGAAGCAAAAUGCCCACAUAAUUAAAUGGGCCCCUGACGGAGAGAGGUAUGUGACCGUGAAAACAAAUAAAGUGGAUAUCUACAAACUUGACACAGCUUCAAUCACUGGCACUAUCACAACAGAGAAGAGAAUUUCUUCACUUAGAUUUGUUACAGAUUCUAUCCUUGCCAUAGCUGGAGAUGAUGAAAUUAUAAGGCUGUACAGCUGUGACUCUCAGAAGUGCCUAUGUGAAUUUAAAGCUCAUGAAAACAGAGUAAAAGAUAUCUAUAGUUUUGAAAGAGAAGGACAACAUAUUAUUGUUACUGCAUCCAGUGACGGUUAUAUUAAAAUGUGGAAUCUGAUUCUUAAUAAGAUUGAAGGUGUGCCAUCUUUACUGUGUGAAGUCAAUACCAAAGCUAGGCUGACAUGUCUUGCAGUAUGGCUUGACCGGGCUCCAGAAAUGAAAGAAAAUUCUGAUGAAGCUGUAACAUCAUCUCAAGCAAAUGAAGAUGAAAAAUUAUCAAUAGUUAGGAAAACCAAAGUUUUUUGGACUGACAAAAGUGAUAAAACAGCAAAAAGAAAGAGAAAAAUUACUCCAGAGAAGCAAAAAUUGGAAGCUCCAUUGAUUAUUCCAGAGAAAAAAAAAUUGGAAACUCCACUGCAAAAGAAGAAAAAGAAACAGAAUAUUUCAGCAUGAAGGCAGCUACUUUCUCUCCUGAAUAAAAAGUAAAUGCUGGUGUUGCUGUAGUUUUUACAAGAAUGUAAACCUCUGACAGGACAUACACCUCUGAACUGAUCUGUUUAAAAGUAAUGAAUGUUUUUACCCUGAUAAAUUGACUGAUGACUGUGGGAAGUAGCAAAAGAGAUGGCAACUUUUCCUAAGUGAAUAAGGCAAAAAUAAUAAUAUGUAAUGUUUAUAUUUUUCUAUUAACAAUAGCAUAUACUUUUAAACUGGCUCUGGAAAAGCCAGUCAAAAUUAUAAAAUUAGCUGCAUGUCUCCAGUUACAUUUUUGUCUCACUUGAAUGCAUAUUAAAAACACGUACACCUUUUAA